AUGGUUAUAGAGUGGGGGCUCAUGAUCGUUUCCUAUCACUUUGUUCCAGGAAACGCGGGGACUAUCUGUAUACGGUGGAAAUUGACGGCUCGAUUUCAUGGCAUCUUGAGGGUUUCCAGUAAUCGACUCCGAGAAUUCUCGAUAGUUCCACUUCGAGACAGUAUGAGUAGUGACCGGCCUCGAGGCAAUGAAAUUAACAGUCUCGGCAGAUCAGGGGGAAUGAUAGCAUUGGCAACGACAACAAAUGGAGUAGCCGCUUCAAUUUUGCCAGGAGGUCGUACAGCUCACUCUAGAUUUGACAUUCCCCUUCAAACAAAUGACUCAACCAUGACAAAUAUGUCAAAACAAAGUGGUGCUGUCAAAUUGAUCAAAAAGGCAAUAUUAGUAAUAUCGGAUGAAGCGUCUAUGGCUAGGCGGCAAAUGAUUGAAACAGUUUAUAGGAGCUUUAGAGAUAUAAUUGACAUCGAUAAACAUUUUGGUGAAAAAGUAAUAGUCUUUGGAGGAGAUUUUCAUCAGGUAUUACUAGUAGUUCAAAAUUCUACAAGAGCAGAAACUGUCAACCAAGCUUAG